UGGAGCUGGUGGAUGUUAAAUCAAAAAAACAAGUAAAACCAUACAAAGACAACAGCAUUCUCAACCCAACUACACAAAAACAAAACAACUAAACUCCUUAUCCAAACCUAGAUACAAUAGCAACACCCACAGCAAACAACAGAAACUAAUAUAGAAAUGAAUGCAGCAUGCACAGAAUUAACUAAAUAAAUUAAACAAGUGUCUCCAAAACACACAUUACUAGACAGUACGGGAAUCACCACCCCUCAGUGGCAACAAAACACAUACAGGAAACAAGUAGCUUCUCACCGAAUUAGCCAACUGCUAACAGAAGAAAAAGUCCACCAAGAUGCACGUAACUCCUCAUCAACUUAACAGCUGCUAACAGAAGCUAUAUUUCCAAGUAGCUACCCCUCAGUGGCUGCAGAAAACAAAAAGACACAAGAGGCACCAGGGCAAACUGUCCUCAUUAAAUCCCAGCUUACCUGCCAAACAGUUUGAACGUAGAUUUACAGCAGGUGUGGCGAUGGUUGGGGUCUUGUGGGAGGAGGAGUUGUGGUAGUGGAUCAAUCCAACCCCAAGUAGGAGGUGGGGAGAAACGGGGCUAAGAGCAGGGCUGGAGCUCCAGGUCAAUCACUGCUGAAGUCUGCCAGGUGUGAUAUGGAGCUCGAUCUUCAGCCAGCUGUGAUCAAAACAGUCUCCACAAACCAUCUCCCCACACAGAGGCUGUACAAAGUCUAUUACCACCCACAUGGCCACCAAAGGACAGAGCAUUCAGGAAGUUUAAAAAAAGGCCAAAGAAAGACAAUCUAUUUAAAUGAAGGGGUCAAAUUUUGCAUGAAUGCUGUAUGUUUUUGUUUUAAAAUCCACACAAAAAUGAAACUUUUCCCCCUCUCCUCACAGGUGUCUCUACUGGUUUUGCCGAUAAAGCUGAGCAUAUAUUUAUGAGCCAAUAUGGCAGACUGGAACCUGUUGGGGAAGCUGCUGGAGAGUGCCCAGGAACACUCCACCGUUGUGGGCAAGGUGUGGCUCACAGUGCUGUUUAUCUUCCGCAUCCUGGUGCUGGGAGCCGCCGCUGAGAAGGUGUGGGGCGACGAGCAGUCCGGCUUCACGUGCGACACCAAGCAGCCCGGUUGUCAGAACGUCUGCUAUGACAAGACCUUCCCCAUCUCUCACAUCCGCUUCUGGGUGAUGCAGAUCAUCUUCGUCUCCACGCCCACUCUCAUUUACCUGGGCCACAUAAUUCAUCUGGUCCGCAUGGAGGAAAAGGAGAACCAGAAACUGAAGGACCGUGCCAUGCAGCAUGAAAACCAGCAGCAGUUACUUAAUAAGCCCAAAAAGGCCCCGAUUAAAGACAAACAGGGCCACGUGCGCUUGCAAGGUGUACUGCUGCGAACCUACGUCUUCAACAUUGUUUUUAAGACGCUAUUUGAAGUGGCAUUUAUUGUAGCUCAGUAUUUCCUGUACGGUUUUGAGCUCAAGCCGAUGUACACUUGUGACCGCUGGCCUUGUCCCAACAUGGUGAACUGCUACAUCUCCAGACCCACUGAGAAGACCAUCUUCAUCCUCUUCAUGCUGGCCGUGGCCUGCCUCUCCCUGCUGCUCAACCUGGUGGAAAUGUACCAUCUAGGCUUCACAAAAUGCCACCAGGGUUUUCACUACAGACGAUCUCGGGCUUCGAAGGAGGCUCCCAAAGUCCUCACUGAGACAGCCAUGCCCUUCGUCCCCAACUACAGCUACUUCGCUGGUCACCAUGCAGCGCCUGAAUCUUUCUCGACUGACUCAAAGUACAGCAUGGCAGAUCCCAACUCUGCCUACAGCCCCUACAACAGCAAAGUGGUUUACAAGCAGAACCGAGAUAAUAUGGCUGUGGAGAGGAAAGGUAAAGCAGAGGAAGAUGAUCCGAAGGAGAGGAAAACCUCCAAUUCUGUCUUUGAGAUGCCGGUUGAAAAAUCGCGCAGGAACAGUCAGUCGAGCAAACACGGCAGCAACAAGAGCAGGCUGGACGACCUGAAGGUCUGAACACCUUCUGUGUUGUCGUCCGGCGCUCAGGAGCAGCAGGAGAGGCCACAAUUAACCUGUGGAAAUGUUUGCGUGAGCGUGGAGGGACAAAACACUGAGCAAACAUAAAGAUACUGUAGCUCUCGUAAGUUUGAAAAUCAAGAUCUGAUGGCAGAACAAGCACUGAGUAGAUUUUUAUCAGAGCUCCCCAGCUCACAGGACGUUUUAUUGUGAGAAGUCAUUACCAGAAGGUUUCAGCAGGAUACACCCAGUAAUUCUGGGUUGACACUUGAAUAAAUUUUCCUUUGCUUUUACUAUGAGUAUGCAUGUUAUGGAUGAUUCUGAAGAUUGUAAGGAAAAAAUAAUAAUCCUUGAGAUUGUUUAUGGAUUACAACUUUACUGUGUUACAAAAACUGUAAGAUGCACUGAAAAGAUUAGAAAAGAAAUGUGAAAAAAAGUGCUGCUUGACAAAUGUAAAUGCGCUGCAGAAAUGACAUUUAUUAUCAUGUUAAGGUCUGUUGUUCAAUGUCUUUUGGAUUUCCUCCAUAUAUGUAGUACGGUGACAUACAUUUGUGAAUGUGUACUUUGAUUGAACUGAUGUGCAGUAAAGGAGUGUUUUGUCAGAAUUCCUGUUUUCAUUAUUUCAGAUUUUAGAAAUUCUGUGCUUGUGGAGAGAAUUCAAUUCAAUUCAAUUCAGUUUUAUUUAUAUAGCGUCAAUUACAGUCAAUCGUCUCAAGACGCUUUACAGAACCCAUCUGCCUGACCCCCAGAGCAAGCCCAAAGGCGACAGUGGCAAGGAAAACACCCUUUUAACGGAAAAAACCUCGAGCAGAACCCGGCUCUAAAUAGGGGGGACCCGUCUGCCUGCUGGUCGGGUGGGUUGAGAGGGCAAGGGGGAGGGAUGGGAGGAGAGGGGAUGGGUGGGAAAGCAAGGAAAGUACAACACACAUUUGGAUACAUGCAUGACAAGAUAUGAGACACAAACAAAGUAUAAGCUAACAUUGAAAACUGACUCAUAGUUUACUCUUAUGAUGUACGGCUCUGACAUUAAAUAUACUCCAUAUAUAGCUAGCAUUAAAAUUCAAACAGUAUGUAGAUUAGCAUAACAAGUAUAGUGAG